AUGAAUAGAGAAUUGGGAUCGAGGAAGAAGAUGAGUUACAGCACCGAGUUCAGAAAUCACGAUGACGACGCUUGGUACACAGUCAUGGUAACUGUGGAAGAAAACGGAACACUGAGAGUAACCUACGAAAAAUUCACCGAUGAAGAAGAUCAAUUCUUCGUUCCAUCCGUUUUCCAUUCCCUGGAAGAUCUUCAGGAGUUCCAGAAACGAUUCCGACCUCUCUCCGUUCAGGUUCAGGAUCACGAGUGCCGGAAACUCGUUCCAGGUGUUAAGGUCUGUGCCUCUCAGCAUUUCAUCCCCGACGACCUUCGCUUCUACGACGCCACUGUUGAAGCGGUGCAAGAACGUCCGCAUUCUCGUAAAAAUGAAGAGUGUCAUUGUACGUUUAUACUCUUCUGGUUACACGGGCCAAAUGCUGGAAACUUGACGGCUGCAGAAAUUGGCGAUAUUUGCAUUCUGCAACCUAUAAUUGAGGUUGAUCCAGCUGUGGCUUCAUUCGUGGAGAUUGUGAAGAAGGGGAUAGAGUCGAAAUCUGGACAAGAAAUGGUGGCCAACUACAAUGAAGGAACAGAAACUAAGAACAGACCAACUCUUUUCGAACGAAUUCAAAAUGGAAGGCGACGUGCCAAACGAUCAUCUGUUUUGGGUGACGGUUCUCCUAAAGUUGGCCUUGACGAAAAUAUGGAAGAUAUAGAGUUGGAAGGAAAACGAAAUGUGUGUAUGAUUUUGAUGGGAAAUCUUGAUAAAGAAUUAUGUCCAUCAACAGCGGUAGAUUUCUUACGCAAACAUACUCAAGUAUCUACUAGUGUCUUCAUUUUUUCAAGCUUAUCGUCAGAGAUAUACACCAGGGGUGCCAUUAUGGUUCAAACCAAACAAGAUUUCCAGAAAAUUUGUGACUUCUUGACAAAUCCAAACCAUAUCAUAACAUCUUCAACUGGCAGGCCAUGGGUGGUAAUUGAAAAACAAGUUGGUCUUAAAAAUAUCAAAGCAUCAAUAGGAACAUUUCCUGGAUCAGAGGAUGUAGCACAGGAUGGAAAGAAUAGAACUAGCAUUAAUUUGAAGAUUGUAUAUUCAGGAACUCAAGAAUUCAAGAGAGCCAGUGCUAUGAGGGAAUUGUUUUUGGAAUUUUCUGAUCACCAAGUACAGCUGCACAAGAAGCUUGCUCUUCUCGAGGGAGAGUGUGUCUGA